CAACCCGUCCACUCUUCUCCACCACCUCUCACAGAACAGAACAAGCUACCUUCCAAACACCGAGCAAUGGCGACCUCUUCAACAUCCCACGCCAUUUCUUUCUUCUCCUCUUCGAUUUUCCUUACUUCUCCCCAGCAGAACCCUAAAUUUCUCUCUAUCUUGAAAACCUUAAGCCAUUCUGUGACUAAAACGCUAACAAUCCAUUCGGAGGCUGCAACGCUUUCUAUCCUCUCCUUCGAAGGCGAGAAGAUCGGUGAAACCCAUCUUGACCUGAAAACGGCACCGCCAGAGACGCCCCGAGCCGUCCUUCACCGCGGGAUCAUCACUGAUCAACAGAAUAAGCGAAGGGGAACAGCUUCGACUCUAACGAGAGGAGAAGUUCGUGGAGGUGGUAAGAAACCUUACCCACAGAAAAAGACCGGACGGGCCAGGCGUGGGUCUCAACGAACACCUCUCAGGCCUGGUGGAGGUGUUAUUUUCGGUCCGAAGCCAAUGGAUUGGAGCAUCAAGAUCAACCGGAAAGAGAAGCGGUUUGCUAUAUCGACGGCGUUAUCCAGCGCAGCAGUAAAUGCGAUUAUUGUGGAGGAUUUUUCUGAUAAAUUCGAUGAGCCAAAAACGAAAGAUUUCAUCGCAGCGAUGAAGAGGUGGGGAAUUGAUCCCAAGGAGAAAUCCAUGUUCUUGUUCACGGAGGUGUCGGACAAUGUGAGGUUGUCUAGUUGGAAUAUCAGGAUGUUGAAAUUGCUAACGCCGAGGACGCUGAACCUGUUUGACAUCUUGAAUUCAGAUAAUCUGGUGUUUACUCAGCAAGCUGUAGAUUACCUGAACAGGAUGUAUGGGAUUGACUAUGAAGGAGGGGAAGCUGAAGAUGAGGAUAAAGUCGAAGAAGCUGAAGGUGAUGAGGCAGAUGAGAGUUAUGAUGCAGCAGAGCAGUGAAAUACAGUGAUCCGAAGAGAUUUGUUCCCAAAUUGUUUUAGAUGCAAUUGGUCCAAUUAUUGACCCUCAUUGGAGUAACUUCGUUGCCAAGAUCAACAGCCAUCUAACAUUUCAGGCUACAACUGUAUUAUACUGGAGGUUUUUUUUGGAAUUUGCAGGUAAGCUUGGCAAAAAGCAAAUUAAAGUUGGUAGCUAUAAACCCAAAGGAGGUUUAAUUGGAACACUCAUGUCCCGUCUAAAGUAUCAUUCUUCCUUUGGGGUGGUGCUUGACAGAAUCCUCAGAGUCGACUAUUUGAUAUCUAAAGGGCAUGAAAGCUGGAUAAUCUGUUCUGCCUAUGCCAAUCAGAAGCUGAAUCAGUCCUCCACCUAUUGUUGCAUUGGAAGGUAUCCUAUGAAAUCUUGUGCUAUUUCGUAGGGCUCUUCAGAAGAUUAUGGGUGGUUCCCCAUGAUAUUCCCAUGUUAUCAUCUACCUGGCCACUGAAAGGGCCAAAGGGUAUUGUAGAAGAGACACAAUCUUGUAGAAUAUAUUACCUUUUGCAUUGUGCUGUAUAUAUGGAGGGAGAGGAACAGCCGGAUAUUUUAAUUUAAAAGCACUCUUGAGGAAGCUUUAUUGAGAGAAUUGAGAAAACCAUGAUUCAGUGGGGCUUUAUAUUGAAGGAAAUCCAUAGAUAUUCUUUUGGUCACUUAAGUGAUGAUUGGGAGGAUUUUCUGUUCAAUGAGGGUUUCAAUUGUAGUUUAUAUGGGAGGACAUGUUAGGCUUAUCUACCUGGUGUCGGUGUAAUCUGCAAUUGUAGUUUGUAGUCUUUAUUUUCAAUCUGAAGAAUAAAAAAAUCAUU